AUGGACAACGCUGAUCUUGAAAAGUCUUCUUCUUUUGAGUUUGGUGCUAGUAGUACUAGUAAGCCGCGUACAUGUGAUUUCCGAACUGAAGCACAAUUUAUGUUCUCCACAGCAGGGCGAUCUGGAUGUAAGGCAGCAAUGUUUAGUUUCCCAAAGUCUGGGAUUUGGUGGAAAUAUGAAUCCACAUCCAGCAUGCUAAUUAUGGACAACGCUGAUCUUCAAAAGUCUUCUUCUUUUGAGUUAGGUGCUAGUAGUACUACUAGGAUGCGUACAUGUGAUUUCCGAACUGAAGCACAAUUUAUGUUCUCCACAACAGGGCGAUCUGGAUGUGCUAGUAGUAGUACUAAGACGCGUACAUGUGAUUUCCGAACUGAAGCACAAUUUAUAUUCUCCACAGCAGGGCAAUCUGGAUGUAAGGCAGCAAUGUUUAGUUUCCCAAAGUCUGGGAUUUGGUGGAAAUAUGAAUCCACAUCCAGCAUGCUAAUUAUGGACAACGCUGAUCUUCAAAUGUCUUCUUCUUUUGGGUUAGGUGCUAGUAGUACUACUAGGACGCGUACAUGUGAUUUCCGAUCUGAAGCACAAUUUAUGUUCUCCACAGCAGGGCGAUCUGGAUGGUUAGGUGCUAGUAGUACUACUAAGAUGCGUAAAUGUCAUUUCCGAACUGAAGCACAAUUUAUGUUCUCCACAGCAGGGCGAUCUGGAUGUAAGGCAGCAAUGUUUAGUUUCCUAAAGUCUGGGAUUUGGUGGAAAUAUGAAUCCACAUCCAGCAUGCUAAUUAUGGACAACGCUGAUCUUGAAAAGUCUUCUUCGUUUGAGUUAGGUGCUAGUAGUAGUAGUAAAAUGCGUACAUGUGAUUUCCGAACUGAAGCACAAUUUAUGUUCUCCAUAGCAGGGCCAUCUGGAUGUAAGGCAGCAAUGUUUAGUUUCCCAAAGUCUGGGAUUUGGUGGAAAUAUGAAUCAUCAUCACACAUGCUAAUUAUGGACAACGCUGAUCUUCAAAAUGCUAGUAGUAGUACUAAGACGCGUACAUGUGAUUUCCGAACUGAAGCACAAUUUAUAUUCUCCACAGCAGGGCGAUCUGGAUGUAAGGCAGCAAUGUUUAGUUUCCCAAAGUCUGGGAUUUGGUGGAAAUAUGAAUCCACAUCCAGCAUGCUAAUUAUGGACAACGCUGAUCUUCAAAAGUCUUCCUCCUUUGGGCGAUCUGGAUGUAAGGCAGCAAUGUUUAGUUUCCCAAAGUCUGGGAUUUGGUGGAAAUAUGAAUCCACAUCCAGCAUGCUAAUUAUGGACAACGCUGAUCUUCAAAAGUCUUCCUCCUUUGAGUUAGGUGCUAGUAGUACUACUAAGACGCGUACAUGUGAUUUCCGAACUGAAGCACAAUUUAUGUUCUCCACAGCAGGGCGAUAUGGAUGUAAGGCGCCAAUGUUUAGUUUCCCAAAGUCUGGGAUUUGGUGGAAAUAUGAAUCCACAUCCAGCAUGCUAAUUAUGGACAACGCUGAUCUUCAAAAGUCUUCUUCUUUUGAGUUAGGUGCAAGUAGUAGUACUAAGACGCGUACAUGUGAUUUCCGAACUGAAGCACAAUAUAUGUUCUCCUCAGCAGGGCGAUCUGGAUGUAAGGCAGCAAUGUUUAGUUUCCCAAAGUCUGGGAUUUGGUGGAAAUAUGAAUCCACAUCCAGCAUGCUAAUUAUCGGCAACGCAGAUCUUCAAAAGUCUUCUUCUUUUGCAGUGCGAUCUGGAUGUAUGGCAGAAACGUUUAGUUUCCCAAAGUCUGGGAUUUAG